AUCUCGCUCUGUAGACCAGGCUGGCCUCGAACUCACAGAGAUCCGCCUGCCUGUGGCUCCCGGGUGCUGGGAUUAAAGGCGUGCGCCACCAACACCUGGCCAAAGGUAGAAAUUCUAUCCAAGAACAAAUUUUGGAUUAUGCGUUCAAGUCGGGAAGGAAGAGAAAAAAAGUCUUUGAUGCACCUGCUAGGACCGGGCGAGCUCACGCUGAGGGAACUCUCGCGAGAACUAGCGGGAUCUGGUGCACGGAGGGCGAACGCUGAUGGGCACCUUGACGGCCAAUCAUGGAGAAGUGGGUGUAGGAACGGUGUAGGUUAGAGGUCGUGCGGAAGUUCUCUGAGCUUCCGGCCGCCGGCUUGGGGAAGAGUAAUGGCUAAACAUCAUCCAGAUUUGAUUUUCUGCCGCAAGCAGGCUGGUGUAGCUAUCGGAAGACUGUGUGAAAAAUGUGAUGGCAAAUGUGUGAUUUGUGAUUCCUAUGUGCGACCAUGCACCCUGGUUCGGAUAUGUGAUGAGUGUAACUAUGGGUCUUACCAGGGCCGGUGUGUGAUCUGUGGAGGUCCCGGAGUCUCCGAUGCCUACUAUUGUAAAGAGUGCACCAUUCAGGAGAAGGAUAGAGACGGUUGCCCAAAGAUUGUCAAUUUGGGGAGCUCUAAAACAGACCUGUUCUAUGAACGAAAAAAAUACGGCUUCAAGAAGAGGUGAUGGGUGGGCGGCUCCUUCCUCCUACAUCAAGCUGUUGCAGCUGCCAGAAAAGACACCUACUACCACCAGCAGAAAGAUCGGAGCCCAACGUGUCACCAGAACAGCCUGCUAGAGCUAGUGUCCUGACCCCCUGACCCCUGUCUUCCCUCACCAUGCUGGUGGGGUGGAAGAGGGGUCUUGACAGCUCUAGCAGACUGAAGGAAAAUUGCUAGGUUAGUUCGUAGUUUGUUUUGUUCUAGUUGGAGAAGCAAGGCUCUGCUCUCUACUUUGAUAGAUUCUCGCCACACCAAAAGCUUCAAAACAAGUCUUCUGUCUGCGGCCUUGACAACGAAGCCACUGCAGGCAAAGCAUGGCCUUUCAGCAGCUGUGAUGGCGGUGGUCUUCUGUGACCCUCAGUGUGGCCAGGAGCCAUCAGAACAGUAAUGUGAUGUAACACUUCCCGGGUGGCGCUGGCUUCAUGUUUUUUUCCUUUUUAGAAAUUGGAAGUUUCUGUUGUUCUAAUAAAGUUGGUGUGUAUUUUCUGGUA